UUUCUUAGCGGGGGAGUGUAGCACAUACGCGUUGGUAUUGCAUCAGCCUAGAAACCCUUUGAACGAUCCGUUCACGGUUGAAAUCCUCAGUUGUAACCCGUGAUCAUCCGUGAGUCCACCAUUGAUCGGAUCUGAUAUUCACAGUCGGACAACGAGCCAAACCAAGUGAUACUCUUUCUAUUGUGAUAUUUCGCGGUUAAUUGAAGGAUCGACAUUUGCAAUCAAUAAGCAUUUUGCAAGGAAGUGGUAUUCACUAUACAAAUAAAUAUAACCAAAUAUGGGUGUUCCGGCUGGUGAUCCAGAGAAGGGAAAGAAAAUCUUCAUUCAAAGGUGCGCACAAUGUCACACAGUCGAGGCGGGUGGCAAACACAAAGUAGGUCCUAAUUUACAUGGACUCAUAGGUAGGAAAACCGGUCAAGCUCCCGGUUUCUUAUAUACCGAUGCCAACAAAGCAAAAGGUAUUACUUGGAAUAAAGAUACAUUGUUCGAGUACCUGGAAAAUCCAAAGAAGUACAUUCCCGGCACAAAAAUGGUCUUUGCCGGUUUGAAGAAACCGCAGGAACGGGGUGAUCUGAUCGCUUAUCUAGAACAGGCGACGAAGUAGGCGUCACACUGCGUGUACGUUACCGGUCGCGAGAAUUUUGCGGCAUUAGUCCGAUUAUCAUCUUCAUCACAUACCUCGUUAUCGUCUCGUUCGUGUUCAUCUUUUCACAAAUUUUUCUCGGUGGUACCCAAAACGUUCGCAAUACAUAAUUGAAUAGUGACGAAUUGUUACGAUAUUGUUGAUAAGUAGCUAAUUGCAGAUACAAAGUGACACAGGAGUCUGGCCUGACACCGACCCUGAUUCUUUUACUUGCACCGAAGAGAUAAACUUAGAAAUAUUAAAACUUCUUCGCGCGAAUGGCUAAGCCAUUCUUUUGCGAAUCCCGAUUAUUUAUUAUCAUUCUAUCGUAUUAUGCAGUAUAUCGUAUCAUGCAAGCGAGUGUAGGUCUGUAAAACAAAAAAAAAAAAAUAAAAUAUACAGACGAUAUAUAGGCAAUUAAAAAA